UCACGCUAACCAUAUUUUUUUCUCUUAUUUUCUCUCACUUUCUCGACUCUAAGCCCCAGUUUUUUUACCGAGAAACAAACACCAAAACUCCCGUACUGCUUUCACGUUUCAAACUUGAGGAUCGAUCGUUGAUCGUACAACCUCUGGUCUCAAGAAUGGAUACAGGGAGGAAGAAAGUGACACGCAAGAUGAAGGAAAUACCUAAAACUCGGUGGACAGUGAAUUGCAGUGUAACUGCAAGGAAUCUACGGAAGAGUGACCUGUGUGGAGUGAUCUUUGGCUGCACUUAUAACACUAUUAACGAAUGUUAUUCCAAACAGUUGUUCGGAUUACCGGCUACACAUUUCUCUUAUGUAGAGAAUGUUGGUGUUGGUUUGCCACUUUUCUUAUUCAACUACAGUGAUAGGAAGCUUCAUGGACUGUUCGAGGCUGCAAGCCCAGGACAGUUGAAUAUUGAUCCAUAUGGAUGGACUUCAGAUGGUUCAAUUACCCCCUAUGCUGCACAGGUCAAGAUUCGAAUCCGGAGGCAUUGCCAACCCUUGCUGGAAGAUCAGUUCAAACCUGUAAUUGCUGAAAACUACUAUAAACCAAGACUAUUUUGGUUUGAACUAGACCGGGAUCAAACAAAGAAGUUGAUUUCAUUGUUUUCAUCUUCACCAGUCAUUGUGGAUACUUCCCUCCCUGCCAAUGCACAGAAGUGGGGCAGUCUAUUCAAAGCUUCAUCUGUGCAGGAAGGUGGCAGCAUUGAGGUGCCUGCAUUAGAAUGGGAUGCUCAUCCAGGCCAGGCCAGUGCAGAAUGGGAAUCCCGGCAUGUUCCUGAUCCAUGGGGAGAAGAAGCUCUCAUUGAUGAGGAAGUGGCAGAAAAGGAUGAGGAAACAAGAGGUCAUGAUCGAUCUUACGCUUCUGUCAUGAGAGAUGUGAAGACUUCUUGUCCACAAAAAAAGUGGAGUGAUUUGCUUAAAGAUUCAAACAGUUCUACUGCAAGAAAGAAGGUCGAAGAUUUUAAGACACCAGCUUUAGAACUAAAGCUUCCUAGCUCACACCAGUCCAACAUGAAACGGGAGUCUUCAGGCGUUGCACCUUGUCUAGAUGGAGGAUGCAAUCUUUCAGAAGCUGCUGCAGAUGAUUGGGGAAUAUAUAAUGACCAGCUUGUAGGCUUGGUUCCGAAUAUUGAGGUACCGUACUCUUCUGCUGCAGCAGAAACAAGUUCUUUUCCUCAGAGAACUUCAUAUGAAACGGUACCUACUGUUGAUAAAAGAUGGGAAGCUGAAGGUUUUAAGACAGCAGCUUUGCAUUCUCAUUUGGCUGAGUCCAAUAUGCAAUUGAACUCUUCAUGUGUUGCACCUUCUCUGGACAUACAAAGACAGUUUUCAAAAGUUUGUAUUGAUGAGGGUGCAGCCGAAAUAGGCUACAAGCAAAAUAUACACUCCAAACCAAGUGGCGAGUGCUCCUCAUUUUCAUCCAUGAAAAGGGAGAUGUUAUUAGAUGAUAUUUGCUUGCCAGAAGAACCAGCGGAUUUAGAAAUGGAGUCCUCUGAACCUCAGUUUUUUGUGGCUAAGUUACAGCAAGAAAAUAGGGAGUUGAAAUUGUCUCAUUUAAAACAAGUACAAACAAUCAAUUCUUUGGAGCAGGAUCUGGUUGAAUCAAGAAGAGAAAUUCAAAGUUUAAAAGAGCGAAUCAAGAUGGUAGAACGUGGGUCAUUUCCUGAAAUUGGACUUGUUACUGAAAAAGAAGUCAGCUCAAGUGAUGAAUCUCAUUCAGACCUUGAUGAGAAAGUACUUAUUGCCGGAGGAUAUGAUGGUUCUUUGUGGUUACCGGCUUUCGAUUGUUACUCUCCUUCUUGUGAUCUUAUAGAAUCCCUUUGUCCAAUGAGUUUUGUACGUUCACAUGCCUCAGCUGCAAAGCUAAAUGGUGAAAUUUACUUGUUUGGUGGUGCACAUGAUAAUGUGUGGUAUGAUACAGUUGAAUCCUACGACCCACUAAGUGAUAAGUGGGUUACUCGUCCUUCAUUGAAUCAAAAGAAGGGAGGCUUAGGAGGAGUUUCUUUGAAUCGGAAAUUUUUUGCAAUUGGUGGUGGAAUUCAAACUCAAUGUUUCUCAGAGGUGGAAAUAUUUGAUCUAGACAUAGGAAGGUGGAUCCCCACUCGGUCAAUGCUACACAAGAGAUCCGCUACUGCUGCAGCAGAAAUUAAUGGCACAAUCUAUGUUGUUGGAGGAUAUGAUGGAAAGAAUUACUUGAAUUCAGUGGAAAGAUUUGAUCCUCGAGAACAAUCAUGGACUAGACUUGAGAAUAUGUCCAUAAAUAGAGGGUCUCAUUCAUUGGCUGUGCUGAAUGACAAACUAUAUGCUGUUGGCGGCCAUGAUGGAAAUAGAAUGGUUUCAUCUGUUGAGGUCUUUGACCCUCGUGUCGGUUCAUGGAUGAUGGGGGAAUCCUUAAAUGAUUCAAGGGCUUAUUCUGGUGCCGCUGUAAUAGCAGAUUCUAUAUAUGUCAUCGGGGGAUUGAACGAAGACCAGGGGAUAUUGGACACGGUGGAAUGUUACAAGGAGGGACACGGAUGGCAGUUGACAAAUCUUAAAGGCGUUGGGAAAAGAUGCUUCUUUGCUGCCAUUGUCUUAUGAUGUCAGGGAGUGUAGAGCAACAGGUUCUUUUGAACAACUUUUCAAUAUUGUACAUCUGUCUACGGUGUUCAUGUUUUAGAGCAAUGUUCUAUUAACGUUUGGGAUUUGGCUUGGGUUCUGUUUCAGUUGAAACGGGACUCCGUGGAAUUGAGACAUGUAUCCUAUAUCAGGAUACAAAGGAUUCGUGUCCCAAUCUCAACGGGUCCAUUUCUAACUAAAACUAAAUCCAAGCAAAAUCCUAAGUUUUGCUAGGAACCCUUAAAUAGGUAAUUGUCUUGUAAUCUCUUCAACAACAUACACAAACCUGGAUUAAGCAUACCAUACAAGUCUGAGAUGGUUCAGGCCUAGAUUCAGCCCUCUUUUCUGUAUACUGCACCCCGAUACUGAGCUGUUACAAAUAAUAGUCUAGUACUCUAGUUAAUAUUCUAGAUAUUUGAUGCUGCUGGUCUAUAGUUAUA